GUGGUCACCGCAGCGGGCCAGGCUGAACCCAGGAGCCAGGAGCUUCUUCCGGGUCUCCCAAGCACCUGGGCCCUCUUCCGCUGCUUUUCCUGGGCCAUUAGCAGGGAGCUGGACCGCAAGUGGAGCAGCCAGGACUCCAGCUGGCGCCCAUUUGAGACGCAGGCACUGCAGCCUAGAUGCACCACUGUAAGCGAUACCGCUCCCCCGAGCCAGACCCGUACCUGAGCUACCGAUGGAAGAGGCGGAGGUCCUACAGCCGGGAGCGCGACCGGAGACUGCACUACCCGUCCCGCAGAUCCCGCUCCAGAAGCCACGACCGCCUGCCCUACGAGCGGAGGUACCGGGAGCACCACGACGGCGCUGCCUACCGCUGCGAGGAGCGAAGCCCCUCCUUCGGCCAGGACUGCUAUGGACCCUCGCGCUCCCGGCACCGGCGGCGGUCCCGCGACAGGGCGCCCUACCGGCCCCGCAGGCACGCCCACCACUGCCACAAGCGCCGCACCAGGUCUUGUAGCAGCGCCUCCUCGAGAAGCCAACAGAGCAGUAAGCGCAGCAGCCGGAGUGUGGAAGAUGACAAGGAGGGCCACCUGGUGUGCCGGAUCGGCGAUUGGCUGCAGGAGCGAUACGAGAUCGUGGGCAACCUGGGUGAGGGCACCUUUGGCAAGGUGGUGGAGUGCCUGGACCACGCCAGGGGGAAGUCUCAGGUCGCCCUGAAGAUCAUCCGCAACGUGGGCAAGUACCGGGAGGCCGCGCGGCUGGAGAUCAACGUGCUCAAGAAGAUCAAGGAGAAGGACAAGGAGAACAAGUUCUCCCCCAGCCUGUGCGUGCUCAUGUCGGACUGGUUCAACUUCCACGGUCACAUGUGCAUCGCCUUCGAGCUGCUGGGCAAGAACACCUUCGAGUUCCUGAAGGAGAACAACUUCCAGCCGUACCCCCUGCCCCAUGUGCGGCACAUGGCCUACCAGCUCUGCCACGCCCUGCGCUUUCUGCACGAGAACCAGCUGACCCACACCGACCUGAAGCCAGAGAACAUCCUGUUCGUCAAUUCUGAGUUUGAGACCCUCUACAACGAGCACAAGAGCUGCGAGGAGAAGGCGGUGAAGAACACCAGCAUCCGGGUGGCCGACUUUGGCAGUGCCACCUUCGAUCACGAGCACCACACCACCAUCGUGGCCACCCGGCACUAUCGGCCACCAGAGGUGAUCCUUGAGCUGGGCUGGGCACAGCCCUGUGAUGUCUGGAGCAUCGGCUGCAUCCUCUUUGAGUACUACCGGGGCUUCACGCUCUUCCAGACCCACGAGAACCGAGAGCACCUGGUGAUGAUGGAGAAGAUCCUAGGGCCCAUCCCAGCCCACAUGAUCCACCGGACCCGGAAGCAGAAGUACUUCUACAAAGGAGGCCUGGUCUGGGACGAGAACAGCUCGGAUGGCCGCUACGUGAAGGAGAACUGCAAACCUCUCCAGAGCUACAUGCUGCAGGACUCCCUGGAGCACGUGCAGCUGUUCGACCUGAUGCGGCGGAUGCUGGAGUUCGACCCCGCCCAGCGCAUCACACUGGCCGAGGCCCUGCUUCACCCCUUCUUUGGCGGCCUGACCCCCGAGGAGCGCUCCUUCCACACCAGCCGCAACCCCAGCAGAUGACAGGCGCAGGCCGCAUGGGGAGACGCGGUGGGACUGGGCUGCUGGCUCCUUUCCCGCCUCUCCCACCAGGCCCAGGGCCAGAGCCACCCAAUGAACAGUGCACUGUGAAGGCAGGCAGGAGCCUGGGGGGCGGGACUUGGCGCCCAGCUGCCAGAAAGCACAGACCGGACCCAAGCUAUUUAUAUGUUGUAAAGUUAUAAUAAAGUGUUUCUUACUGUUUGUAACCCCUGGUACCAGUGUGUCCAUCUCCAGGCUGCCUUCCCCUAAGA